AUGAUAAUCGAUAUAGUGAUGCAAGUUGCUCUAAUUCUCAUCACCCUCUUCAUGUUCCUAUGGAUGCAAAAGAUUCCUCAAAAUCUCUUCACCAAAUUCCGUUACAGAAACCGAUCCAGUUACUCCGCCAAGCGUCACUUCAUCAUCGGCGCUCAGCUCUUGGCUAAAUCCAGAUCUACCAAAGACCGAUCAUCCGCCAUUAAACUAGCCAAAACCGCCGCCGAAGAAGCUGACAAAUCCAUCGCUCUCGAUCCAAAGGACGCCGCGUCACACAUACUCAAAGCCCUAGCUCUCGAUGUGCAAGGUUUUGGCACAUCGGCUUUGGAAGCGCUUGAUGUCGCGCUGUCGCCAUUGACGUCGAAGUCGUUGAGCAGCGAAGAGAGAGGAGAUGCGUUGUUGAAGAGGGCAGAGAUCAAAAUUAAGGGUAGUAAGAGAGGGCUAGUUGACUCAGCGAUUGAUGAUCUGCAGCAAUCAGUGAAGUUGAAAGGGGAUAAAGCGACGGCGUUUCGGUUGUUGGGAGAGUGUUAUGAGAAGAAAGAAAUGAAGGAGGAAGCGGUGGAGGCGUAUGAAGGUGCACUCAAGGUUGACCCCAAGUGUACUCCGGCUCAAGAUGCAUUGAAUCGAUUGGGUUCAAGUUCAAUUUCAACACAGUGA